AUGAACGACGUGACCCUGGCCGAGUGCCAAUACUUCCUUUUCACCCCAUCGGGUGGCCAGCUGGAUUCGAGCGGUGAAGUGAUGAAGCACGCUGAGACGCCAACGAGCAGCCAGACAAAGAUUUGUUUGAAUGUAUGCGAACGCCACACGACCGUUGCUGCUGACGCAGCCGCCAAGCAGCCGACGAUGAAGCCCGUCAUCACUAAGAUCGAGACCACAAAGGAGGAGAAGAAGACUGAGGAAGAGGAUGAGGAUGAGGACGAGGAUUCUGAAGAAUAUCAGGCCACCGAGUCCUCAGAAUUGCCGACGACGAAGGGAACGGCACCUAGCUCUACCUGUGCCCCAUCGACAAUCCCCGGAAAGCGGAUCGAGACGACCCAACAGCCGGCCAUCACCAAGCCGCCAGUCGUGUCGUACCUACCGGAUGCGAAGAAGCGCUACUCACUGCGAGUACGGAUCCUCAACCGCGAUUGGCAUCCAUCACUGCUCGACCCGCAGACCGAAUACUAUCGCUCGUUCACCAAGGAGGUAUCUUCUGCCGUCGACGGGCUAUUGGCAAAGAAGUGGAAGGGUAUGCACGUCUCCAAGAUUGUCGACUACGCCAAGGGUAGCGUCAUCGCCGAGUUUGAGGUUGACACAAACGGCCAAGAACCCUUGCGCGAGGAGAAGCCGAUGAAUGAGAGCAUCGACAAUCUGCUCGCCGGGCUCAGAAUCGACAACGAGCUGUUGCGCAACAUCAUCGUCAUCUCCAUUGCGGCGCUGAGUCCGAUGAGGUCGGAAUCGCUCGAGGCCAAGUCGUACACAGAUAUCCCCUACAAAGCGGACUCAUACCCGCUGCCGAACCCCGCCUUCUACGGACCCUAUGGAACAU